CCAGUCAGCUGCUAACCAAAUUUACAUCAACGUUCCUGUCUGAGAAGGUCUUUUAAAUUUCACGAAAAUGUUUGUCAACAAGAGAGAUGGGCGCAAGGAAAAGGUCAUGUUUGACAAGAUUACUUCUAGGAUCCAAAAGCUGUGUUACGGACUGAACUCCGACUUUGUUGACCCGACUGCCAUCACUUUAAAAGUCAUCAAUGGCCUCUACCCUGGAGUCACUACUAUUGAGCUGGACAACUUGGCAGCUGAGACUGCGGCCACCAUGACCACCAAACAUCCAGACUAUGCCCAGCUGGCAGCAAGAAUCGCAGUAUCAAACCUUCAUAAGGAAACUAAAAAAGUCUUCAGUGAGGUUAUGAAUGAUCUUUACAACUGGAUCAACCCCAAGACCAGAAAGCACUCCCCGAUGGUCUCUCCGAAGAUCCACAAGAUUAUCAUGGAUAACUGUGACCGAUUGAAUUCAGCUCUCAUCUACGAUCGUGACUUCAGUUACAACUACUUUGGAUUCAAGACACUGGAACGUUCUUAUUUGCUGAAAAUGGAUGGAAAAGUGGCUGAACGCCCCCAGCACAUGUUGAUGAGGGUGGCUGUGGGUAUACACGAGCAAGAUAUUGAUGCAGCAAUCGAGACCUACAACUUACUGUCUGAGAAAUGGUUUACACAUGCCUCUCCCACCCUGUUCAAUGCUGGAACAUGCAGGCCACAGCUUUCUAGUUGUUUUUUGCUGACAAUGCACUCUGACAGUAUAGAGGGUAUUUAUGAUACCCUCAAACAGUGUGCCCUCAUAUCAAAGUCUGCUGGUGGUAUCGGUCUCAACGUUCACAACAUCAGAGGCACUGGCAGCUAUAUUGCUGGGACUAAUGGAAUUUCCAAUGGCCUACUUCCCAUGCUGAGAGUGUAUAACAAUACAGCCAGAUAUGUGGACCAAGGUGGAAAUAAGAGACCAGGUGCUUUCGCUAUUUACCUGGAGCCAUGGCAUUGUGAUGUGUUUGACUUUUUGGACUGCAAGAAAAAUACGGGGAAGGAAGAAAACCGAGCUCGUGACCUGUUUUAUGCUCUGUGGAUCCCGGACUUGUUCAUGAAGAGGGUUGAGGAUAAUCAAGAUUGGACGCUCAUGUGUCCCGCUGAAUGUCCAGGGCUAGCAGACUGCUGGGGAGACGAGUUUGUCGAGUUAUACACAAAAUAUGAAAAAGAAGGCAAGGGUCGCAAGUCAAUAAAAGCUCAACAGUUGUGGUACGCGAUCAUUGAGUCACAAACAGAGACGGGUACCCCCUACAUGUUGUACAAGGACAGCUGUAAUCGAAAGUCUAAUCAGCAGAACCUUGGCACCAUCAAGUGUAGCAACCUGUGUACAGAGAUAGUAGAGUACAGCAGUCCUGACGAGGUGGCUGUGUGUAACUUGGCGUCCAUUGCACUCAACAUGUAUGUACUACCAGACAAGACGUUCGACUUCAAUAAGUUAAAGGAGGUCACAAAGGUCAUUGUCAGAAAUCUCAACAAAAUCAUCGAAAUCAACUUUUAUCCUGUGGAGGAGGCAAAAAAGUCCAACUUCCGUCACAGACCUAUUGGGAUUGGAGUGCAGGGUCUUGCUGAUGCCUUCAUUUUAAUGAGGUAUCCAUUUGACAGCCCAGAGGCACAAGAACUCAACAAACAGAUAUUUGAAACCAUCUACUUUGGUGCAUUGGAGGCAAGCUGUGAGCUGGCAGAGAAACUAGGGCCCUACGAAACAUACGAAGGAUGUCCGAUCAGCAAAGGGAUUUUACAACACGACAUGUGGGAUGUGAAGGCGACUAAACACGAUUGGGAUGGUCUUCGUGCCAGAAUUGCCAAACAUGGUGUACGGAACAGUCUUUUGUUAGCACCUAUGCCAACUGCUUCCACUGCCCAGAUCCUGGGGAACAACGAGUCCAUUGAAGCCUACACAAGUAACAUCUACACAAGGAGGGUCCUGUCGGGAGAAUUCCAGGUUGUGAACCAACAUCUGCUGAGAGAUCUGACGGAGAAGGGAUUAUGGAAUGAUGACAUGAAGAAUAAACUUAUAGCAAAUGGAGGAUCUGUACAGAAUAUUCCUGAAAUCCCAGACGACAUCAAACGAUUGUACAAGACAGUUUGGGAGAUCUCGCAGAAGACAGUAAUCAAGAUGGCCGCUGACCGGGGAGCAUUCAUUGAUCAAUCACAAUCACUCAAUGUCCACAUCGCGGAACCAAACUAUGGCAAACUCACCAGUAUGCACUUCUAUGCCUGGAAACUGGGUUUGAAGACAGGUAUGUACUACCUGCGUACCAAGGCAGCUGCCUCAGCUAUCCAAUUUACAGUAGACAAAACAAAGUUGUCCCAAAAAUCAGAAACUGGUAAGGAGGAGUUGAAUGACAAGAUGGCUGCCAUGGUGUGUUCUCUCCAAAAUAAAGAGGACUGCAUGAUGUGUGGAUCAUAGACUGGGACAUCUGGUUGUGAAGAGAGACUGCAAUCUGUUCAGUGUCAUUGAAUGCAGACAUCAUGAUGUUAGUGUGAAAAAGAUCUGAUUCUUUGUCUGAACAAAAUAGUGCUUUGGUCAUUUUUCUUUAUAGUAUUCUAACAUAAUCUCCUUACUAUCUUAGCACAAAUGUUUGAAUGAAGAUACAACUGACUUAAAAAAAUUCCUGAACUGGAAAUAUCAUUGAUUAUUAUCAUUUAAGAUUAGCAGUCGUUUGAUCAUGGUAGUAAAUUGAUAUCCAUGGAAAUGAGAUUUUUAAGUGUGUUCAUGUUCCAUAACCCGCCAAUUGUGUUCAACGUAUAAAAUUGAUAAUGUAUUAACAUUAUAUUUAUCAGUUAAAUGAAGUUGCCAU